AUGGGCAUCGUAUCCAACAUGGCGCACCGCAUGCGCAAUAACCGUCUCUCAAAAAGACUCUCAAUCUCCAGCUCCAAAGACCAAGACGAAGACGCAAAUGACCUCAUCAAACCCACCGAGACAGCCUCCCUGGCACGCCCAAGCGUCGAAUCAACAAUCACAAUCAUCCGCCAUUCCUUCCACGACUCAGAUUCAAACAAACUCCAGCUCCAAACCAAUACGAACAUGAACACACGCACACUCUUCGACAGAACACCAAUAUCACCAGGUGCACUAUCUCGGGAAUAUCCAAUGUUCAAGCUGGACAUGUGUCAAUCGCGAUUCGAAGCAGAGCCACAUCUAGAACAGAAUGACAGGCACCGUGUCGAAAAUGGAGAGAAAUCAGAUUACAAUUCUGGUACAGUGGAUAAGAAGAAACGAUCUAUGAAGGCGUUGUUGAAGAGACAUUGUGGGCUGAAUAUUCCGCGCUCGUCGCUUUCACUUAAAACUAGUUCUUCGUCGCCUGCUUGGUUAGAUUCUGGGGAUGAUGAAGCGCUGGUUGAGAUGAAGAGUGAAAAGUUGUUGGAGGUGCAUUUGCAAGAUCAGAAGAAAUCGAAACUUCGGGGGUUUAGGAUGCAUUGA